AAAGAUUUUCGCGCAAAAAUUGUUGGAGAAAUUUUAGUUCAUUUAUAAAUUAGAUUAAUUAUUAAAGUUUAGGCUGGCCGGCACUAUAAACAUGGAUGGUAUUCCGGAUGACAUGUGGUCUUCUUACAAGCAAUUGUACAAGGUGAUUGAACAUACAUUUGCGAAUCCUACUGAGCAAGCGAUCAGCAAUUUUGAAAACUGCUUAAAAAGACAUAAACAAACACUUUCAUCAAUUUUAAGAAACCCGCCCAAAAAUGAGCGCAAUCGUGAGCAGCUAAAAAUACAUACCUCGCAGGGCAUUCCAAUAUCUGGGAGUAGUCGGACAAUGGUAGUUUCAAAAGACUUUGUGGAUGAAUGUAUAAUUAUUUCUGACAUGUACGACUUAGAUGAAUUUCUAGCGUUAGAACUUCUUUGCACAGCGCAGCGCCAAAUGCCACAGCACCCGGGCUUGCCCAGAGGUAUUAUUGCAAUCCUUUUAUAUUACGACGGUCGUAAAGCGAUUGCAACUUCAUUAAGAGAUUUAUUUCAAGUCACAAAUGGUGUAUCUUGGAUUUCGGAAUUACCAAAGGAGUUAACAAGCAUAGUAUCAUCUUUCACCCAAUCCAUUGUGGAAGAUUCGAACGUACUGGAUAGAAUUUUAGAUCUUUUGGAAGUAGAAUUGGAUUUGACUAAUGAGACGCUGCUUUUAGCUAAAAAUCGUGCACUCGGCCCCAGUAAACAUCAAAAUCAGAUUACAGAAUUGUUUCAAAAUAUUCGAUUGGCGUUGGUAACGGCUUUAUUUAAUUGGUCUGCUCAAAGAAGUCUACCCGCAACGAUAGUGACCAGGCUAAUAAAAGUCCUAUCUAAAUAUAAAUCGACUGAAGCUAGCGGCUCAAUUGAUGAUGUUACGCUAACAAUGUUGUUUGCACUAUUGUACGCGUACGAUACAAGCAUAUUGCAAACGCAGGAAGAUAAUCCUUUGAUUCAGAAUCUGAAUAUGGUUAAAGAUGGCGAAUUUGCUCAACAAAUAUAUAAUGUCUUGAUGUCGGAAACGAUACCUGAGCAGAACGAUGGAAUCAAUAGUUUUAUUAAGUUUUCAUUUGGAUUAUCCCUAUGUGGUUUACGACAUGCUUCGCAAUAUUUGCAAAGUUCUGUAUAUAAAGUCGUCAAUCACGAUGAACAACUUGUCGAUGAUGCCAUUUACGCAAACGUGUUCAAAUUUAUUUAUUACUUUCUUUUAGAGAAAGACAUAAUAUACAAGAAUGAGUUCUUCUUUAGGCGUUUACAUAUGCUAUUUACCGAUUUCAUUGACUUUAUGCACUCGAAAGUGACAGAGUUACGAGGUCGAGCGGAUGAAACGGCAAAAACUGUAAUGAGUUUCAUAAAUGAAGGGUUGGAACCGCCUGCCAAUUUGGAUUGCAAUUUUGAAAUGCUUACAUUAUGCAUUGGAAAAUUUUAUAAAAAUAAUUGCGCUAAUCCUUCACUUUGCAUGGAAUAUUGGGGGCCAUUAGACGUGUCGCAAGCUUCUGCAAAAUCCACAACACGUUCUGUAUCGCUUUUUAAAUUUAUACGCCUAGCCGGAGAAUUAUUGCCAAGAACGCUUUUCGUGCCCUACUUAAAAAUGAUAGCUGGGCUUAGCUGUUAUGAGCAAUCGGCGAGAAAUACUUUUAAUCUAUUAAAGCAAACGAGCGGAUUAACUGGAAGUUCAACGUUAUCGUGGGAGCACUUUUUUUCUUCUCUUACUAGAUACUACACAAAUUUAAGGCAAGAAUAUUGCUCAUCAACUGAAACAAUUUAUCGGAGUCGCGCCGUAAAGCGUGCUAUUAAUCCAAAUGAAAUUGAAGGCCUGGGAGUCGUACUAGAAGUAAUACGAUCAGUUGCAGAAUAUGAUGAAGUAGCCCGAAUUGCCAUGUGCGAACAUCCUAAUUGGAAUCCCCUUUGCACUUUAAUAGGUUUAUUAACAUGCUCUAUUCCGCUCGCUUUGAAAGCCGACAUUUUGCUUGCACUUGCGGCUUUGGGGAAGUCUAGAGAAACAGCCAAUUUGCUAUGGAAUAAUUUAGAGGCAUCGCAAAUCAUUGAGACUAUACCCAGCACCAACACACACAGCACGUCCAAUAUCGUCCUGGAGAUAGAGCAAAAUGAAUGCAGAUUAGAAAAAUAUCCGCUGACACAAGGAAUUUUGGAAUUAUUAUAUUCUCUUAUUACAUCAGGGAUACCAAAGAAUUUGGGAUGCGGUUCUCGUAAGCCUGGGUUUGAUCCUUACUUAAGGUUUAUAGUCAACAAUAUUUUUCUCAAAUUUUGCAACAGGAACUAUAAAGAUCCUAUUGAGAAAUGGAUAAUUGGCGUUAAGUGUUUAAAAAUACUGCAAUAUCUAUUGGAUACAUAUGAGGUUAAAUCUCAGCACUUCGAAGAGAACAAAAGCGAUGAAGCACCUCCAGGAUUUCAUAUAAUGCUUCAACUUCAGACCAAAACGGAAUUUCUGCGCUUGAUAUUAUCAAUUAUUGAUACGGUUCAUGUUUACUUGGAUGCAUGUAAAAAUUUUCCUGGCAAGAUCCAUGUGGAAGAAUGUGCUCUAUAUUGUUUAAAAAUAAUUCGAUUUGGCUUAGUUCACCAGGAUGCGUUCCUUGAGGCGCACUCGCUGGCUAAUAGCACCAUAUUACUGUGUGGUCUUAAAAAAAUAUUAUUAGAUAUAAAUCCUCGAACAAAGAAACCAGAUCACCUAUUAAACACUACAAGUUUCAUAAUGUACUCAAAUUGGUUACCCAGUAAUUCUUUCGAAGCUGUUAAAAUUCUUCAUGUCAUUUCAAAGCAAUCUAUUAUGCACUCGCACAUUUUCGAAAUAUUAACGCAAAAUGAGAAUACCAGAAAUAGACUGCGUCAAGGAUUUGUGGAAUGCUUGGAACACGAUUACAUACCGUCAAAUAAUGUAGUUAAAGUGGACGGUGUGGAACCAUUAAGAAUCGAACUGCAAACAAAGGAGGCCAUUCUCGAGCUAAUUCAAGACAAUUUAUACCAUCCAUCACCAAAUUUAGCUUUCUUUCUAUUGGGCUUUGAUAACGACAAAGAUCACUUAUUUCAAAAUCAACGAUUAGGUAUCCUUGAGUGGAGUAGUAACUGCACAAAGUCAUUGAUCAGUCUUUUAGAUAAUCAUUUGGAGAUGCGGAAUUUAACCACAUGUUUGGAUAUUGAUAUGGAAAGAAUAGUGGAGCGAACAUUUUGUUUAUUGCAUUCCCUAUGUGCUAUUCAGAAGACGUCUGAUUCAAUUCUUCGCUAUAUACGUUCGCGUAACGAUUUUUUAUAUCGUCAUUUGAAGGAGUUGCCUUUAGUUAAAAUGGAUAACUCAAGUGUCAUAAAGCAAAAUAGCUAUUUAUUUAAGUGCGCUGCCAUAGAAUUGAAAAUUACGACCGCCAAAGGGCAGUUGUCUAGAUUUGAACAUAUAUGUAAGCUAUUUUUAGGAGUAUCUGCCAAGGGGAAUCAGGAAAUCUCGCCAAUCGAAUUAAACAAUUUUUUUACGCAUUCGGCAAAUGUGUUCGGGGAGGCCGCGUUAAACAAUUCACCAUCUAAAGACCAUAAUAUAUUGCUAUCCGACGUUUUAAAUUGUAUUGAAUUUGAGGAUGACAAGUUGCCAGACGCAAAAUGGAAUUACUUUGACAAUGCAAAGAUUAAACCGUUAUUAAGCGAAUGUGAGCACAAAUCGGAGCAAGAGGUCAAAUUGGUCGAUAUUAAAAAAUUGCGCUCAAUACUUCACAGCGAAUUAAAAACAAUACAAAAUAUUGCCAGCGGGCAACGCAAGAUCAUAUUGAAAGAAAUUGAAUCCGUACUUUUGUAUGCGGUUAAAGUGAACGAACAAAGGCGCAAACACUUUGCAACAAUCAAAUUUGUAGAAGCAUGGAGUCAGGUUACCGAAGUGCUCUUCAACUGUGCGCCAAAUUCAUGCUUGCCGCCAGCAAUCAAACAAGAAUUAAUAAUGGAAAUAUUGCAAAAAAUCCUCAAUAAGGUUACUUUAAAUCAACUUAUGUCCGAAGAAGCCAUACUAAUGUCUGGGACCAUUUUGUUGCUAUUAGCGAAUUUAAGUAACUGUUUUUCAUUAACGCCGGAAAACGCCUUAGAAAUGAACGAUAGUGACGAAUUUAAGGAUGGAAUCAGUACAUCACAUGUCAAAUCGAAUGCGUUGAACUUAAAAUACAUUUUAAAACAUAUAUUGGAUUGGAUAAUUGUUAGUGGCGUGUCUUCGCAGAAGCUGCGAAUUAAUUUGUAUGCGGCACUUUUAAAAUGUCUGACUGUUAUAAAGGCGCAAAACAAAAAUCAAAAGUCGAACAAAAUUGAAGAGGAUCACUUUGUGUCCCGCUUAGAUAAAUCGAUUGAAAAUAUUAAUGAAGCCCUUGAUCCGAAUCAAGUUCGUAUGCUUGUGAAAGUACUUUCAUCGUUUGGUGAUAAAUUAAUGCAAAUAAUAUGUCACGAUUGUAUUGCCGGCCAUGAUAUAUGUAAAAUAUUGGCUCUAGCAUGCAUUGAUGUCUUGCUAGAAGUAGAAGCGAUGACAAAUUUCAUGAGUUUCAUUGAUAAUCGCGGUUACUUACCGCACAUUGUCGAAAGCUUAUUAAAAUCAAACGACGAAUUGUGCAGAAUUUUAAAUAACAUCCCAGAAAAUAUGAAGUGUCUAUAUAUAUAUGAAUCAAAAAUGUCUAUGUUUCUUUACUUAGCAAAUACCUAUACGGGAGCCGAGAUGUUACUCUCGAAUAAAAUUUUAGAAGUUUUAGCAUCUAUGACGGUUUUCAAUUUGCAUCCUGAUCUGAGAAGAACAGAAAUUUGGCAAGCACAGGGAUUAUCGAGUUUCAUAUCACCGAUCGAUGUCCGCUUUCGACAAAUCCUUUUCCCUGCGUUGCAUUUGUGCGAUUGCCUAGUAACCACAUUAGGCAGUGAAAAUCAUUCGGUCAUAUCGCAAGUGGUGCAUUUCCUUCUUUCCCAUAGUGAUAUGAUUGAAUUGGUUUUACGAUCCGUAAAUUCAUUUUCAGACCUCGGUUUAUUGGAGGAGCUGGCAUUAAUUACAGGAGUUAUUGCUCGCACUUUUGUUCAGGAAACCAUCUCUUUACGAAAUUUGGAGUUUAUUAACGAUGUAGGAGUUAAUCUUUAUCGAAUUCGAAAGCUAAUGUUAUCCGUUCUCGCUCGAUUUAUAAUCCGUGAUUCACACUUUAAAGAUAUGACAAAAUCUAAGAACACUGCUUACGAGCCGAAUGAGCUAAACAAAGCUAUUCAUAUAAAAUAUUUUUUGGAGGUUGCUGCUAAUGUAAUAUUGUACUGUCGAAAUGUGGUGUCUAAUAACUCUGCAGAUCACAAAUCGUGCGGACUUUUGUUUUCGCCAAAUAUUACCGAUGCAGUUCAAAACAGCGGAGACGCUACCACACGAAAUCACUAUAACCUUGCUAUUAUUGCUAAUCAACUUAAAGGAUCCGUCGAGUAUUAUCAUUCUCAAAAAUCUAUCAUAGAAGGACUUUUGCGACAAAAGUCAAAUCUAAAGAACACCGGUUUUGAUGUAACAGCUCAAUUAAAAUGCGUUGAAGUCACAAAGCAAUGCAAUGACAAACAGAAUGAGUUAAGUUUAUGCGCCUUUAUUGCGCAACAAAGUCUGUACUUACUGUGGUCCCACCUCGACGUUUAUAUGCGUUUUAUUACGUCAAAUACCCAGGAUACGGGUUGCUAUGAAUCAGUUCGUAGCUUGGAAUCGACAACUGGUAUUAAAGUCACACGUGCGGGUUUAUUAAGCUUGAAAAAGACUUUAGUAUCGGUUUUUAAUGAAACAUUUUCGAAGCAGUUAUGUUCUAUUAUUGAAAACACAAACGAAAAGGAUGUAGGUUUCAAUAAUGCCCUACUACGCAGAAUCAAGUCAUUAAUUCAAUUUGCUCCAGUUGAAUAACUUUCCACUCGGUUGAGCGUUUUUAAUAAAAUAUAUUUACGCAUAAGAAGUCUUUGAAAUUUU